AUGGGAGAUGGCUGUCAGGAUGAGAUGCAGCAGCAUGUCCUGGAGCAGUGCACGAAGGAUCCUGCCAUGCCCGAUGCGCUGCAAAGCUUGAUCACUUCCCUGGUACGAGUUUUCUGGGCCGACAUGGUCGUUGAACUUGAGCUGGACGCGUCGUCCGGUAGGCGGCAGGAGGACGAUGAGGAGGAGUCGACAGGCAGCCUUCCACAGGGGCCGCUCGGCCGAGCGCUGUCGCCAUGGUUGGUCGCUUCCUCCCUGGCUGGCAGCCAGCAGCGAGAGGAAGAACUUGCAGCCGCUCCUGACAUAGCCACGGGAAUCCUGCAGGUGCUGGUGGUCGAGGCCCGCGACCUGGUGCCAGUGCACGGUAUUGGCACGAACCCUUACGUGCGCGGACGACUUGGCGCGCAAGUCCGACGCAGCCGAACAGUCUGGAGCAACCUGAGACCAGCUUGGAAUUGUCUCAUGGAGUUCCCCGUGGUGUCAACCAGAGGUAACUUGGAGCUGGAGGUGAUGAGCCGGGCACCGCUCUUCGGUGGCGACACGCGGCUUGGUUACGUCUCCUUGAGCCUUGAUGACAUCACCUCCCCAGCAGCAGUUCUGACCACUGGCCCGGGGGACUCACAGCUGGCGUACAGAUGUGAGCCUCUCUUGGGCGCCCAGAAGGGAGAGCUAGUUCUCAUCAUGGAUUACAAGAAGCUGCAGGCGGUGCGGCGUCGCCUCUCCUGUGGUGCUUUCGGGAAUUCAUUGCUGCGUCGAGCAGCGCAGUUCAGGGCUUUCUUCCUGUACCACUACUGGCCCUGUGACAAGUCUAUCUUCCAGAUGUACAUGCAUGAGCCGAUCGACAUCUGCUUGUUGCUGCUGUCUUUGAGUCCCUUUGUCUUUGUACGUGUGCUGUUCUAUACAGUGCUUCUUCUAUGUCUUUGUGUCCCAUGGCCUCCUGACGAGCAUCAGAUUGUUCAGUUCAUCCUUGCGUGCAAGGGAACUGCCAUCAUCUCGGAUGGUGCUGGGCGUGUCUUCUACGGCAUUAUCAUGUACUACCUCUGUGCCAGGGAGGGCACAUGCUCUUCGGGCGGUGCUCCGGGAACGGGCGUGAGCUUCACGUACGUGGCAUUGGAUCUUUACCAAGAGGUGCUGGUUUGGGCCGUGGGCGCCCUGAGGUCAGCUCGGGAUGUGAUGGCCUUCAGCUGGGACGGAAGCUUGCUAGCGGCAGAAGCUUGGAGGUGGCGAGUUGCAGAGAACUUCUUUUGGGCCCGUGCGAUCUUUGGUCUUUGCAUGUGUCCCUUCCUCUUCUUGCUCCAUCCACAGAUCAACAAGCUACUGACCCACAGCACGCCAACGGGCUACACCCGACUCGGAACGCUGAAGAGGCACAGACCCAUUUUGCGACCCAAAAGGCCGCCAAAGAGCGAGACGGAAAUCCGGGAAGUUCAGGAGCAGGCCGGGCUUUCGGGUUCUGGAAAGACAUCCAAGACGCUGCCGGAAGGAGGCGGUCGCCGAUUCUCCAACCGCCUCUCCGAAGUCUGGACCCAGUCAGAGCAGGAGGCCUCGCUGGCUGUCAAGGCUCAGUGCCACAGUGUGCAGGCACCGGUCCAUGACACGCCAGAGGUUGUGGCCUGCAACCCCGACAGAGCUGACCCGAUCGGGGACAGCCAUUGCAUGAAGUGGCCAAGGCUUCUGCAUUUGGGCGACGGGGAAAGCAGCCACACCCUCGCUGCCAACGUUUUGUCUACGAAGCUCGAAUCCCCCCAAAGCCGUGAGGCGAAAACGGCGGUGACCGUGGUCUCGCUCGAGAUUCGAGUCGCCAGUGCCGCCGUGUCACUGGGCUUGCGGGCAGCUGAUGCAGGGCGGACGACAGUGCUAUCAGUGGCGCGACGGGUUGUCCCGGGAAGCGACACUGCUGUUGUGCGUUUCGCACGGGCACGUGCUGAAGGGGCCGAGCAAGCUGUUGUCGCGUUGGUGAGGUGCUGCGAUCGAGCUCUACAGGGACCAGUCGCUGUCGCGACUCGAAUCGCUGGUCACGUCCCUGGUGGCCGCGCGGCUCUGUCCGUGCUUGGUAGCAUGUGUCGGCUGGGCGGGGGCUUGGUGCGAACCUGCUACCGCAUGGCAGCUGUCGUGGAGUCGCCCGGCGAGGUUGGGUCCAGCGGCGAGUGUGAGCAGCUCGCCGACUCUCCUCUCGGCAUCCAGGCUGGCUUGCCGACGAUCGAGCUCCUGCAAGCAGCAGGCGGCAGUGAACUCGUCGAGCUCAGCGAGAAGGCGGAGCUGGUGAAGCUCGAGGCAGCUGCCAGGCUUGCGGAGCUCCUAACCCGUGCCGAGCGCCUUGCAGAGCGGGAGGUGGCCGAGGCCAGAGAAGCCUUGCAGCGCGUGCAGCCGGAGAUCAGCAAGAUUUCGCAAGCCCUCCGAGACAGGAGCCAAGGUUGGGCAUGGGAGGUCCAGCGUGCAAGAGGUACAUGUGAAAGCAUGUGCCGAUCCACGGUCGCGUGGACUUCGGACCUGGCGGGUCGGCUUCCCGUCGCUGGUCAGGUGCUCUUGGGGGCUUUUCGGCGAGAGCUGCAGGAGCUCCAGGAGCAAGGUCGUGCGGAAAGGACGGUGCUGCAAACCUUGGAGGCAUACUCCCGAGUGCUUUUCUCCUCUGCUUGUGAGGCAGUGCUGGAGCUUCGCCCCCAACAUGUGGCACUGGCUGGAACUACGCCCACAAGUCCUGCGUUUGGAAACGAACGUGGAGGGGGCGCCAGAUCACGUGCUGGCAGCCCACUUCCCACUCCAAAGGCUCCGCUUGAUGGCGGCGAAAAGAGGAGCUACAGCCUUCCGCGAAAGGCCCGCAGCGAGGAAGGCAUCGAUAUCAAUAUCAUCGAGGUCUCCCAUGGCAACACGGCGCCAAAGCUGCCAGAGGUGCGUCGCCCCGGGGUGUCCGUAUUCGGUGCGAUGCGGCGGCUGGCAUCACCGCGGCAACCUGGAUGA